AUGUGUCAAUUCGAGUAUUUUCAAUAUCAAAAAUGUGGCCAUAAAGCUAUUGAAAUCUCCGAAUAUUGCAAUAUAGUUUUCUGGAGAGCAGGCAUGACAUCUCACCUUACACCAUGUCCCGAACAAAACUUCAGAGCAUUUUUCGUCAGAAUCGGUACCUUAGAUGGUUUGGACUUUGGUACUUGUAAAUGGAUCGGACUAAGUGGAUAUUGCAAGAUAUGUGAAAAAGAAUCCCAUAUGCCAAAAGCCAUUCCCUACCGCACCUAUGAAGACUAUGAGUUUCUUGAAGGUAUUGGCGAUCUCACUGGCGCUAUCUUCGCUGUCAAAUUAGCUGAACCGAUCACAUACCCUCCUCCGUCUCAAUCAAUACAAUAUUCCUCUACUCCGAAUGAGUUUGUUACCAAAGAAUUCCUGGAAAAGGAGAUAGCCAAACCUCCAAGUCCACCACCUUUAAUCUCGGUUGAAGACCAGGACAUCUCGACUUUGCUAUCGAUUCAAGACAAGGAUAUUCCAGAGGGAGCUCAAGAAAAGGGCACCAUAAAGGAAUUACGAGAACUCUACUUUCCUGCAAAGCUCCAAAUGUACGAACUUAACCAAGGUGUCGAUGGUGUCACUGAUCAAUGGAGAAACCAAGGCUAUUAUGGUGGCCGAAUGUUAGAAGGUGUACCACCCAGCCAGUACUUUUGGGACCAUGUAGGAAUGACCCCUGGAGAUGAGCAGUAUCUCGUGGAUAGGUUAAAGGAUGGCAUACCAUUACUAAUUGUCUGGCGAGAGAAGUUCAAGGAGAGAGGAAUGGACCUCCCUAUGUUUUACCAAUACGGCCGAAAGUUGGAGGAGCACUUUCAAUGUCGCGUUGUGCGGGCCAACUCCAGGAUGGGAAAGAUCGAAAAAGAACUCAGCGAAAGAUCCCAAGCAGCCGAUGGUAUUCAACCAUUUGGUACAUAUCAACAAAAUUCGAGCAGUGGUUUGCAGUCCAGCCAAGAACUAUCACAGCGUCAGAUUAGUCCUUUUGGAUAUAACUUAGAUUACCUCCACCAACAACGUCUGCAGCAGCAAAUGCAACAAAUACAGCAACAGAGGAUGAAACAGAUGGUGGAGCAGCAGAUGGUUCGACGGCGGAUGAUUCAACAGCAGCAGGCCCAACAACAAUCGAUGUGGCAGCACCAAAUGCAACAACGAUUGCAGGAUCAACAACAGCAGUUUUUCAGCAAAGAGAAGGGACAGAUAGCAGUCGUAGAGGAAGUCGAGAUAGUGGAGACAUGA